AUGACUCGGCUGCGUCCCCUGGCUGAUUGUGAUGCUUUCAUAGCGUGGUUUUGGAAACGGGGCGGCAAAGCAGUCAGGGCCGGUCACAGUCUGUGUAAUGCUGGUGGGCUCGCGGGUUGGUUCGUCAACAACAAUAGGGUCCAAGUACCGCUGCGUCAACCCGAGCAAAGGCAACAAAGCCGAGUCCGUGGCGGCCGAGGCCUGACUCUCAACGCCGACUUUAGCGUCUUCGCCUUUCCAACGAGGUUAAUGUCUGCCGCGCGGCGGAGAAAGUGUCGUGGCUGA